UGUAAAAGCUAUUAGCAGAGUGACACAGCUGCCUCACAGAACCAGAGUCCAAGUAGAAGAAACCUGUGGAAUACACUUUUGUAAAAGAGACCUCGCAGCGACUCAACAGACAACUCCAGAUUGUAAAAUGAAACUGAUCAUCCACUCAGUCCUGUAUUGCUGUCUACUGGCAACAGUAGCGCACUGUGCUGAACUUGAAGACAAGUCAAAGCUGAGAAAAAGGUUGAGUAUAUGGCCAGGGAGCAGAUUCAGACGGAAUGUAGACACAGUUUCUGCUGAGACAUCUGCAAACCCUGAGAGCCUAGUCAGACAAGAAGACACCAGGGACAUCAUGCUGCCACAAUCCAGCAGUAAAACCAACAUCAGAUCCAAGAGGUCUAAAAAUACUGUCAACCAGACAAGAUGGCAAGGUUGUUCCCUGGGCACCUGCACCGUCCACGAUCUGGCUCAUCGACUGCACCAACUCAGCAACACCAACAGCAAAUUGAAAAAUGCCCCUGCUAACAAGAUGAGCCCUCAGGGAUACGGCCGGAGACGUCGAAGAUCUCUUCCAGCACACCGAGUCAUGUUGAAGUUGGAAGAGGGAAGACUCAGAGCCGUGUGGAGGAAAACUGACUCUCAAGUCCACAAGCUGGAAGCACUCCUCCGGCAGACAUGAGCAGGACUUCACAACUGAGAGCAAAAGCAGAAGAGUAAAUCAGAACUUUUCAUUGCUCUGUUCUGAAACGCUCAAAAAUGGUCUGCCAAGCAUUCUCCAGCACAACGUCGUAGGCGUGAAGACUCAGUAAGCCACGGAGGGAAGAAGUCCACGCAACUGCUGCUGGCACUGACUGAAACAUUUAGGAGCGGCUACAGGUGCUGAUCUCUGCUUGGAAGAAGGAACGGAAGAGUUCCUCUUCCAGGCAAUAUAAGUGGACUAGUCUGUUGGUCUGAAUAGGAACCUGUGAAUGUCUUUCGCUGGUCCGGGACUUUGAAAAAAGCUAUGCUGAAAGGAUUAUUCCACUUUCAUCAGUCUGUGUAUGCACUUUUUCAUCGGGACUAGAAGUCAAAGUAAUCAUCAGGAAAAUAUAUCUUGUCCACAAUACCUUCUGAGGAGAUAGGAAACAAGUCAUACUCAUAAGUUUUGGACACUGUAUAAAGGAAAAAAGCCUUUGUGAGAUUUGUAACAAUCCGAGACGGAUUGAAAUAUACUUGAAAUGUUUGUAAAAAGAAAAAAAAAGCAUGUGCAAUCUAUAUUAUUUUUUUACCGCAAUUAUUUGUAUAUAUGAGCUUUUUUAUUUAAAUAUGAUAUGAGGUUUCAUUAAAGUACUUACAGAUUGAAAUAUUUUUGUACAGGAAGAUUUAUAUAUGUGUGUGUGUGUGUAUAUAUGGGCAUUGUACCUUUUGUCAUUUUUCUUUUACAAGCUGUGGUAAGAGGAUAUGUGGUUAUUAUAUAUUUGUAUACUAUUUUAUUUGUGUUGAAGCUAUAACUGUGUCAUUUAAUAAACCAU